AGACGCACAAUGAAUCCUGAGCGCGGACCGUCCGGGUUGGCCGUCAAACUGUCCGAGAUGGGUGCGCGCACCAAGCAGCUGGGCACCGCCAUGCGCGACCCGCACCAGCAGCGGCGCAUCAUCCUGGUGAUCGUGUGCGUGGCGCUGCUCCUGGACAACAUGCUCUACAUGGUCAUCGUGCCCAUCAUCCCGGACUACCUGGCCGACCUGGAGAGCGAGCAGGCGGAGCACGUCCACGUCGUGCUGCACCCCAACGGCACCGGCAACGGCACCAGCCCGCAGGACGCGGCGCGCAUCCGCAACAACCUGGACAUCCAAAUCGGGGUUUUAUUCGCCUCCAAGGCCAUCCUGCAGCUCCUCGUCAACCCCCUCAGCGGGACCUUCAUCGACCGCGUCGGCUACGACAUCCCGCUCUUGAUCGGCCUGACGGUCAUGUUCCUGUCCACUUGCAUCUUCGCCUUCGGGGAGAACUACGCCACGCUGUUCGCGGCGCGCAGCCUGCAGGGGCUGGGCUCGGCGUUCGCGGACACCUCCGGCAUCGCGAUGAUCGCCGACAAGUACACGGAGGAGGGCGAGCGCAGCCGGGCGCUGGGCAUCGCGCUGGCCUUCAUCUCCUUCGGGAGCCUGGUGGCGCCUCCCUUCGGCGGCGUGCUGUACGAGUUCGUGGGCAAGCGCGUCCCCUUCCUGGUGCUGGCCCUCAUCUGCCUGCUGGACGGCGUCUUCUUCCUGGCCCUCAUCCGGCCCUUCUCCAACAGGACUCGGGAGAACAUGCCGGUGGGCACCCCCAUCUACCGGCUCAUGAUCGACCCCUACAUCGCGGUGGUGGCGGGCGCGCUGACGGUGUGCAACAUCCCGCUGGCCUUCCUGGAGCCCACCAUCUCCAACUGGAUGGAGACCACCAUGCACUCCACGCAGUGGCAGAUGGGCCUCACCUGGCUGCCGGCCUUCUUCCCGCACGUCCUCGGCGUCUACAUCACCGUCAAGCUGGCCGCGCGUCACCCCAACCUGCAGUGGUUCUACGGCGCCCUGGGCAUGGUGAUCAUCGGGGCCAGCUCCUGCACGGUGCCGGCGUGCAAGACCUUCGAGGAGCUCAUCGCCCCGCUCUGCGGCAUCUGCUUCGGCAUCGCGCUGGUGGACACGGCGCUGCUGCCCACGCUGGCCUUCCUGGUGGACGUGCGCCACGUCUCCGUCUACGGCAGCGUGUACGCCAUCGCGGACAUCUCCUACUCGGUGGCGUACGCCAUGGGCCCGGUGGUGGCCGGCCAGAUCGUGCACAACCUGGGCUUCGUGCAGCUCAACCUGGGCAUGGGGCUGGUCAACGUGCUGUACGCGCCCGCCUUGCUGCUGCUGCGCAACGUCUGCCAGAUGCGGCCGUCCCACUCGGAGCGGGACACGCUGCUGGAGGAGCCUCCGCAGGGGCUCUACGACGCCAUCCGCCUGGAGGAGCGGCGCGACAAGAAGAAGAAGAAGAAGACGACGACGGGCUACCGCGCGGCGGGGAACUGCCUGCCCGUGGACGAGAACGGCUUCGACGCGUACAGGGCGCAGCAGCAGCAGCAGCAGCAGCAGCAGCAGCAGCGGUCGCCCUCCGAGGAGUCGUCCGGCGCGGAGUUCACCUGAGGCGGGCGCGCCCUCGCCAAAAGACGCCCUCCUCCCCAUCAUCUCAAUUAAAGCAGUGUUUUUCAACCAAUUUUUUCCAAAUCAUAAAAAAUAAUAAUAAAUAAACUCAGUAAUUGCUGGAUAGAAAAUUUAUCACAUCAUUUAUUCCGAAAAAUAUAAAUAACGACAAAUAAAGAUUAAAUACUAUUAACCGCAACAUGUAAGUGUAAAAAAACCACCAAAAAAACCCCAACAACUAAAUGAUUUGUACUUUUUUUUAUUUAUAAUGUGCUUUUUUUCCCCUGUUUUCAAACAAAAAUAACAAUCUGAAGUUGUCUUUAUUUUUAAGUUAUCGUGCCGUGAUUUCACCAUUUGGGAGUAGAUUUUUCUCCGUCUAAAAAUGAGUUUGGCACCCCUGAUCUACGUCGUUAAUACCAUUUGCCCUGAGUGGCUGGACAGGACAUGUUUAUUAAUAAAAAAAAUAAAUACAAAUAAUAAUAAACAAGUCAGUUACUUUUGUCAUCGUUGUUGUCGACGUGCGUUUUGUCAGCCUGAGGCGGGCGCGCCCUCGCCAAAAGACGCCCUCCUCCCCAUCAUCUCAAUUAAUGCAGUGUUUUUCAACCAAUUUUUUCCAAAUCAUAAAAAAUAAUAAUAAAUAAACUCAGUAAUUGCUGGAUAGAAAAUUUAUCACAUCAUUUAUUCCGAAAAAUAUAAAUAACGACAAAUAAAGAUUAAAUACUAUUAACCGCAACAUGUAAGUGUAAAAAAACCACAAAAAAACCCCAACAACUAAAUGAUUUGUACAUUUUUUUUUUUUAGAAUGUGUUUUUUUUCCCCUAUUUUCAAACAAAAAUAACAAUCUGAAGUUGUCUUUAUUUUUAAGUUAUCGUGCCGUGAUUUCACCAUUUGGGAGUAGAUUUUUCCCCGUCUAAAAAUGAGUUUGGCACCCCUGAUCUACGUCGUUAAUACGAUUUGCCCUGAGUGGCUGGACAGGACGUGUUUAUUAAUAAAAAAAAUAAAUACAAAUAAUAAUAAACAAGUCAGUUACUUUUGCCAUCGUUGUUGUCGACGUGCGUUUUGUCAGCGGUCGCCCUCCGAGGAGUCGUCCGGCGCGGAGUUCACCUGAGGCGGGCGCGCCCUCGCCAAAAGACGCCCUCCUCCCCAUCAUCUCAAUUAAUGCAGUGUUUUUCAACCCAUUUUUUCCAAAUCAUAAAAAAUAAUAAUAAAUAAACUCAGUAAUUGCUGGAUAGAAAAUUUAACCGUGCAUGACUGAUGAACAUUAUCACAUCAAUUAUUCUGAAAAAUAUAAAUAACGACAAAUAAAGAUUAAAUACUAUUAACCGCAACAUGUAAGUGUAAAAAAACCACAAAAAAACCCCAACAACUAAAUGAUUUGUAAAUUAUUUUUUUUUUAGAAUGUGCUUUUUUUCCCCUAAUUUCAAACAAAGAAAACAAUCUGAAAUUGUCUUUAUUUUUAAGUUAUCGUGCCGUGAUUUCACCAUUUGGGAGUAGAUUUUUCCCCGUCUAAAAAUGAGUUUGGCACCCCUGAUCUACGUCGUUAAUACAAUUUGCCCUGAGUGGCUGGACAGGACAUGUUUAUUAAUUAAAAAAAUAAAUACAAAUAACAAUAAACAAGUCAGUUACUUUUGCCAUCGUUGUUGUCGACGUGCGUUUUGUUUUGAUUCGUUAUUGCCUCAUCUCCACCAGGAUAGGAUAACUAAGAUGAAAAUGAUUAGUCGUUGAAAAGAUCACUGGUUGUAUUUCACUUGUUUGUGCUAUACCGCUCAGUCGGUGCCCGCAACUUGAGGGUUCCAGGUUCGAUCCCCGCUUCCGCCAACCUAGUCCUUUACUAGACUACACUAGUUUCAAAAUGUAACUUAACAUUAGCUCUUGUCUACUAUCACGCCGUGACUUAUUUUGCCUUUUUUUUGGGUGUUUUCCUGUGUGUUUUAGUUCUUAUCUUGCGCUCCUAUUUUGUUGGUAUUUUUUUGUUGCAGUUUUCAUGUCUUCAUGUGUUGCCGUGCCCCUCACCUGCCUUGUUUUCGCAAUCAAGAUUAUCUUUGCGGGGACAUUGUUGAUUGUCGCGUCAUGCACGGACGUACUUUGUGGACGCCGUCUGCUGCGCCACACGCCGUAAGUCUUUGCUGUCGUCCAGCAUUUUGUGUUUUGUUU